CACUCCAUCUUCAAGUCCUUGAGCUUAUCUCUACUUUUGUGUCUCCCUCAUCAUCUCAAUCCUCCAAAGCCUAACAUGUCCACAAUGCUAAAAUCAGGCAUUAAAAUUGAGGACAAAAAACUGAAGAAAACAGCUCAGGCCAGCUCCAGAAAAGGGUGUAUGAGAGGUAAAGGAGGUCCCGAGAAUGCCAGUUGCACCUACAAAGGUGUGAGACAGAGAACCUGGGGGAAAUGGGUUGCUGAAAUCCGUGAACCCAACCGUGGUGCUAGACUCUGGCUAGGGACAUUUGAAACCUCUCAUGACGCUGCUUUGGCUUAUGAUGCUGCAGCACGUAAGCUUUACGGCCCUGAUGCCAAACUCAAUUUACCAGACAUUCCUGUGCCCCCAGUGAAACCAUCUCAGUUUCCACCACCACCACCACCACCUCCUCGUACCAACACUCAAACUCCUCAUAUGGAGAAUCUGCAACACCCUCUGAUGCAAAACAACAUCGACAUUCCAACUUGUUCUAAUUUCAAUUUCAAUCCUGCAGUUUCCAUGGCAUCUCAUGAAGUUGGAGUCACUCCAAUUUACACCAGUGAUUGCAUCGUGUCUCUUCCCUUGGACACCAAUCCUAAGCCAAUUGCAACCUACACAAAACUUGAGGGGAUUGAGGGAGAGUUUUCUCCAUCUUGGGAGACAAUGAACGAGAGUUUACCUGUUUUUGAUGAUUCUAUCUGGGCCGAAGCUGCUAUGUCUCUAGAUCUUCCUCUAAUUGCAGCAGAGAAUGAGAUUUACACACAGGAGAACAACAAUUUGGCCGAUGUGGAUAUGUGGGACCCUCAAGCUCCAUGGUGCAUGUAAUACCAUCCUUUUGAGUCACAACUCAUAAUAUGAUCCUUUGAGUCACAUCUCAUAAGGGCAAGGACAAGCAGCUACUAUACCUUAUAGUAGCUGCGAUCUGGUGUUUUCUAUAUAUAUACAGUGUAUAGAAGGGUAAAGACAUAUGUGUUAUCACUGGUUUGGUAACAAGAUAUAAUAUAUAUAUAUAUAUAUACUACUACUACUACUACUACUAUUAUAUAUAGUGUAUGCGUCUUUUAAGUUACUACAUAUAUGUAUGUAAAUAUUACUUAAUAGUGUUAGGGAUGGUGGCCGUGCCCUUUCGUCCUCUAUAAUCCCUAUGUGGUGUCCUCUUGUGCCCUAGUACCAAAUAUGGUUUGGUUUCAAAUAAUGUGUUUCGUUAUGUCCUAUUUUGUGUCCUAUGCUUUCAAUAUCAAUAAGUUAGGUUUCAUCAAGUUGUUCUGUGCCCUUUCCUCGUGGUAUUAAUAAGUUGUUUAGGUUUUGUGCCCUAUCCUCGUGGUUUUAAUAAGUUGUUUAGGUUUUGUGCCUAUCAUCCUGUAUCAAUAAGCUGUUGAGCUUUUGUGCCUUAUGUGUUCGGUUGAUCUAUGGAAGGUCUCAUGUGUUCCAUUAGGUUUUGUGUGAUCGGCCGGCCGAUGGCCUUUGUUCAACUUCUGUUUUCAUCUGCCUUUGUUCAGCUUCUGUUUUAUUUAGGUUUUGGGCGGUUUUGUGCAGUGUAUCCAUAUGUGUCUUGAAUAAGUACUAUAUCAAUAGGUCUCGUUGGUUUUGCUCAGCGAGUGAGAUAUAUGUAAACUGUAAGCAGGAGAUCAUGUUGCUUUUCUGCAGCCUGAGAUAUAUGUAAGCAGUUUGUGUUUGUGACUUGUAUGUCAAUAAUAAGUAUUAUAUUAAUGGAUGGUGUUCGUUCUGUGCAAAGUGAGAAAUGUUCGUAAGCAGCUUAUGAGUUUUAUGAGAUAUGUGAGAGCAGCUUGUGACUUAUGUGUCAUAAAGUAUGUAUGCACUUUCUUAUCUGCAUAAAUAAUAAGAUGUCUUAUGCCAGUUUAUGUUUA